AUGCAGUUUCUGGGGGUGAUUCAUGCCCAGCCCACAGCGCGCUACCCUGUGUAUCGUGCCUUUCUGGAGUACUUGUACACGGACAGCGUUGACCUCCCGCCUGAAGAUGCAAUAGGGCUUUUGGAUUUGGCUACUUCAUACUGUGAAAACAGACUGAAAAAACUGUGUCAGCACAUUAUCAAGAGAGGAAUUACUGUGGAAAAUGCAUUUUCAUUGCUCUCUGCUGCUGUCAGAUAUGAUGCAGAGGACUUAGAGGAAUUCUGCUUUAAGUUUUGUGUCAAUCAUUUGACAGAAGUGACACAAACUACAGCAUUUUGGCAAAUGGAUGGUCCCCUGCUAAAGGAAUUUAUUGCUAAAGCCAGUAAGUGUGGAGCCUUUAAGAACUGAAAAAAUGAGGCCGUAAGUCAAGGUGUUUGUGGGGUUCAUUUUCCAGCUACAAGGUAACUGUGUGGGUCCAGGCAAGUGUUAGGUGGGCUCUUCCACCACAGAACCUGAAAGGCCACAGCGAAAACAAAUGUUUUCAGUGCUCAAGAGUGAACUGUUGUAAAAAUGUCAAGCAAAAUACUCACUUGCAUUUAACAAACCUGGAUGGUGGACGCAGCUCAAGAUUUCAGGCAGAGAGGAAUCGCUGCAGUGUGCAAAGGAUUCCGGCCGGUGUUCCAGACUUGCCUUUCCAGCCUAGGAAAUCUCUGUUCUAGCACGGCCUGCUAUUUCCAAUUUACUGUUUGGGGUUGGAAAAUGGUCUGACCAGAGCCACUGAAUGAUGUCACUUAAAUCAUUAACUCCCUGGGAUUAUAGAGAAGCAAAUGGCGUGGUUCUCUCUUCCUGCAUUUGCAUGAUUGUGAAUGAAUUGGCCAUUUGCUGUGUGUAAUUAACCAAGUGUAUCCAGUGCUUCAAGUGUGCAAAAAUAAUUUAUCUUCAAAGCCUACGCAAGUGACUUCGGAGAAAGGAGUUACUAGGAGAACUAAUUUGGAGUAAAUCUCUAUAUUUGGGUAUAUUUUAAUAUAAGUUGUAAUGUGUACUUUGUGUAAUCUGUUCAAGCAAUAUUUAUAAUACUUAAUGGAAAUAAUUCCGCUCUUCAGUGACUUCAGAUUAUGUUGGUCCCUCAGAGGGGGAAGGGAAAGCAGGGUGGGAUUUUGCUUUUAAUUAUUGUCUAAAUUUAAACUACAUGUAAUAAAG